CCUCAAUGUACCUCAGUAUCACCAGCAAGCCUGGACAGCGUCAGACGCUUGUAAUCUCUCACCUUCCGAAUUUUCCGCAUCACUUUCGACACUUGUAUUCUAUUUCUUCUCAUAAAUUACCGACAAUUUUUCAUCUAAUAACAAUCUUCGGAUUGUAAUAGCGAUUGUCACAAUCGUUUACUGCGAAUUUUAUCGCGAGCCUGGACAGGAGAGAGGCAAGGGGACCGAUCGUAAUUAUCGAGUUGAAAAAAGUGGAUAAUGGCGCCUAUUAAGACUAAGAAGAAGGUAGGAAAAAAGGCUCCCGCAAGAGGGAAGAAGAGGGGCGGAUGUGGCUGUAGGGAUGUUUCAGAGUCGAGCUCCAGUGAGUCAUCCAGCGAGUCAUCAAGUUACACAUCCUCGUCUGAUUACACCAGUUCUUCAUCGGAGUCAGAGUCCGAUUCCUCUGACGCCUUUGAAUGCCCCUGUGCACCAACCAAGAAGAGGGGCGGGAAGAAGGUGCAGGCUGCACGUCAGGCUAAACUCGUUAACAAGAAGAAACCAACAAAACGUCGUGCAAAGCUCUCAACAUCCUACUGCUCCUCUGAUUACGACUCGAGCGAUGACAGCUUCCAAUGCCCCAGGAAACCGGGUCGCAAGUGCAAGGCUUGAUCGAUGAAUCUAAUGAUGAGAAUGAACAGCUCUCUACGUUUUUAAUUAGUUCAAUUUGACUUGCAACGUUAUUAUCACUGCAGGUUUUGGUGGGUUUCACAAUUCUCGUUAAUUGACAUUAUAAUUAAUUGAAUAAUUCGGAAAUAGGCAGCCGCAAAUCGUCACAUAAACGAAUAACAGAAUAGAAAAGGGUAUGAAUGAUUGGUCUAUGUAUUUUAUAUGAUUUGAAGAGAGAAUAUGUUGAGUUACAAGACUUGAUCGAUGUAUUGAAUGAUCUGGCGACAUUAACUACUGAUUGUGAUUUUAUUCAGACUUUAUUACCACCGCAGGCUCCGGUGGAUUUUAUUACUCUAAUGAAUCAACAUUAUUAUUGAUCGAAUGAUUGUGAUCACGUGACCCUUUAAUGUCAACAUUGCAACGUAUUAUGAAUAAGUAUUAAUGGUUUAUAUUGAAUGUAUCUUAUUAUGAUGUGAAAAUAAAUGAAUUUCCCCUUGAUCAAAUUUCA